UUUUUGGGUGUUUUUCUCCCCCAGAGCCAAGGUUGCUGUCAGUUCUCUCAGGACACACCUGCUGUGCUUCCCCCCCGUGCCGAGCAGGAUCCAAGGCUCCAGGCCCUUCUCUCUGAGCGCGGCUGCCAGAGCCAUUUUGGGCCGGGGCAGGUGGGGAGGUGACGAGGGGAAGGAGAAACUCACCUUGAAGGACGUGGCCGAGCUCCUGCGGAAGAAGGAAUGUCGUCGUGUGGUGGUGAUGGCCGGAGCCGGGAUCAGCACACCCAGCGGCAUCCCGGACUUCAGGUCCCCCGGGAGCGGCCUGUACAGCAACCUGGAGCAGUACGACAUCCCGUACCCCGAGGCCAUCUUCGAGCUGGGCUAUUUCUUUGUCAACCCCAAGCCUUUCUUCACCCUGGCCAAGGAGCUCUACCCCGGCAACUACCGCCCCAAUUCCGCCCACUACUUCCUGCGGCUGCUGCACGACAAGGGGCUGCUCCUGCGCCUCUACACCCAGAACAUCGACGGGCUGGAGAGACUGGCUGGGAUCCCUCCCGACAAGCUGGUGGAAGCCCAUGGCACCUUCGCCACUGCCACCUGUACGGUGUGUAAGAGGAACUUCCCCGGGGAGGACUUCAGGGGGGAUGUCAUGGGGGACAGGGUCCCUCGCUGCCCUGUGUGCACCGGAGUUGUGAAGCCUGACAUCGUGUUCUUCGGUGAGGAGCUCCCGCAGCGCUUCCUCCUGCACCUGGCAGACUUCCCCCUGGCAGACCUGCUCUUCAUCAUUGGGACAUCCCUGGAGGUGGAGCCCUUUGCCAGCCUGGCCGGAGCCGUGCGCAGCUCCGUGCCCCGGGUCCUCAUCAACCGGGAGCUCGUGGGCCCCUUCGCGUGGCAGCAGCGCCACAACGACGUGGCCCAGCUCGGGGACGUGGUCGGGGGCGUCGAGAAGCUGGUGGAGCUGCUGGGCUGGAACGACGAGAUGCAAACACUGAUCCAGAAGGAGAAAGAGAAGCUGGAUGCAAAGGACAAGUAGGACGGUGCUCCUGCCACCCCUCAGCACAUCACUUGAUGAUGUCCAGCCAUAAAUGUCACCAGCAAGUGGCAGGGCGCUCGUGCCAGCACGUCCAGCGAGCUCCGUGUCUGCAGGUGGCCGUUUGGAUCUGCCUCCUUCCAGCUGUCCAUCCCGGAGCCCCUUGCUGGGGCUGGUUCUAGGGAGCAGGAGCUGGGAAUGCCAGGAGUCUGGAGCAAGUUUUCCAGCUCCAACUGGACUGAGCAUCCGAGGUCUCUCCCCCACAGCCACUGUUCCCUUGGCCACGAUCCUGAGCUGCUGCAGACUGUGUUGGUUCUUCCAUGAAAUCUCUGCUAAUCAGGGUGCAGUCUGGGGGCAGGGGGGCUGCCCCCCAUUCCCAUUCCAGCUCAAGCUGCUGCGGGAUUUCUGAAUCACUAGAGUGUUAAUUAUUUAAUAAUAAAGAGAUAUAAUUCA